AUGGCCCGGGUUGAUAUUCCGCUGAAAGCAUUGCCCACCCCAAAGAUCCACGAGAUCAAGUCGGGCGUUGUCCUGCUUCCUCUCUCUCGCAGGGGCAUAGGGCUUGGAAUGAUCGUCGCUGAGAAGGGCUACACCGUUAUCGAAAUCCGGAAAUCUGCGCUGGAUCACGGUUAUAUAAUAAACCAGGCAAUUGAGGCAGUGACUCGGCACGAGAAUUGCUCUCCAAAGCAUACUAUCGGUCUCGUAGCAUAUGGCCAUCAGUUAUGGGAGAAGGUACAAUCUAUUCCCGGUAUCAACAAGGUACCCGCAGCCGCCAUCUAUCCGGUAGCAGCUGAUGCUGCUAAAUUGACAUCGAGCAUUAUACCCACCGUGCAACAUCUUCAUGGGCCUACAAAUGUGUCACUGCAGAGAACGGCCAAUAUAAUGCAACAUAACUAUCCGAUGAUUCAGACCGAUUUGUUUGCCCCUCCCACUUCCGCCGAAUUUGAUUAUGCUACAGAAGCAGUCUCUCACACGCGGACCUUGUCCUUCCUGAAGAGGCAUAUGAAUGGUCCCUACUUCGAUCUGGAGGCCAUCUGGGAAGAACAUACUUACUUUGAACUCGACAACCAAUCUGUUGAGCAUGCUAUGAACACAAUGGUACAAGAGCCUUAUUUUAGUCACAUUCCCACGAUGACCGGGGGAAUUGGCCGUGACCAACUCACUCGAUUUUACCGUGGCCACUUUAUCUUCAGUAACCCACACGGCACCAACAACCAUCUCAUAAGCUGGACCAUAGGCAUCGACCGUGUCGUGGACGAGUUCAUUAUGACCCUGACCCAUGACUCGGAGAUUGACUGGCUGAUCCCUGGAAUCCCUCCAACCGGCCUCUAUCUUGAGAUCCCUUUUGUGGCGGCUGUCAAUAUCCAAGGAGACCGUCUCUACGACGAACACAUAGCGUGGGACCAAGCUACCGUGCUGCGUCAGCUGGGCUUAAUACCGGAAUAUUUACCUUACCCAUAUUUAUUUCCAGAUGGGAAGGGACCAGCCCCGGGUCGAGCCUUCGAAUUUCGAGUUCCUGCGGCAGGCGCUGAGACAGCGGCUAAGAUGCGAGAUAAGAAUGCAGCACCUUCGAAUCAGUUAUUUGCUGGUGGGGUUCGAGAAGUCUGA